UACAAACAUGGAGAAGCCCCAUUGUUCAUAUGACAAUAUUAUUUGAGGAAAACUCGUGACAAAAGAAUUCUUUGAAGAUUUUACUUUGUACAAACUGUUCAGAUUAAUUCUUGUAUUGGAAAAGAUAAGAUUUUGCCGCAAAGAUGUUUAUAAGAUUGUCCAAAAUGUUACCAUUGAUCUGGCGCAUCAGACGGCCGAUGUUGGUCGUUCUACUGGUGAUGUGCAUCAGUCCAAUCAUCUUCUUCAGUAUAGACCAAGCUAAAGAUGUGAUUAAAGAUGAAAGGGACACUGGCAAACUGCGUGAAAAAGGUAAAGUAAAGGAGACAAUGUUUGGUUUUAAAAAGGGUUUAAAGCUAACUUUCAAGAAAGGUUGCAAGAUUCCACAGGUGGAUCCUUUUUCACCGGGAAUGAUAGUACAAUCGGUACAAUUAUACAUAGUAUUAUUGAUUUUUCAGAAAUCUGAAUGCCGUCUCGUAAAGGAUGUCCUGAAAGACGUAAGAGACGUGACCUGUGAUUACAGUAACAUAAACUAUGUGAACCACAGGAACUAUUACUACAGUUAUCUUAAAAGUGUAAAUGGGGAAGAGCCAGUGACCCUCGAUCAAAGUGACCAUGUCAAAGUAGAGUGUACGGGCAGAGAUCUGCGUUUUCCUAAUGUAAGCGUCCACUGGAGAGGUGUGAAGACUGGCUUUCGGAAUAUAACGUUGGGACCAGACGACAAGCAUCCCUACAACGUACUAAUUAUUUGCCUAGAAUCCGUCUCUCACGCCGGAUUUAUAAGAAAUAUGAAGAAAAGUUACAAAUAUAUCACUGAACAGAUGAAAGCUACGAUUUUGAAUGGUUACAAUAUUGUAGGCGAUGGUACGACUGGAUCUCUUUAUCCCCUACUCGCAGGCAAAACCGAGUCUGACUUAAAAGACCCAAAUGACAUUGGAAUAUUACCUGACAACCCCAAUGACCUUAUUUUUAACCAGCUAAAAGUGCAUGGGUUCCGAACGGCAUACUUCGAUGAUAUGGGCCUGGUGACUACUCCAUACCAGUUCAAGUUUCCAAGCCCACCAGCUGACCAUUACCUCCGCCCCUAUUCCUUGGCCCGUCGCAAUGGGAAGCCACAACGCUCUCUCUCCCACCACUGCAUAGAAUCUGCACCUCAAUACCAGAUGAUAUUGAAUUUAGUGAAAGAUUGUUUAGAGCUAGAUGGAAAGAAGGUCAUAUUCAGUUUAAUAGAUGACCUGUCGUAUGAGAAUUUCACGUUCGUUCCAUCAGCUGAUGACAGUUUGCUGGAUUUCCUUAAGAUGAUGACGGCAAAGAAGAUGCUAGAAGACACUAUGUUGAUAGUUAUGGGAGACCAUGGACCUAGGUACACGCCAACCAGGAGCUCUCACCAGGGUAUGUUAGAAGAAAGACUUCCCUUCAUGUCUUUGAUGCUGCCUCACAAACUGGUAAAAGCUAGACCAUCCGCUUUGAAGGCUUUAGUUGGCAACAAGGAUGUAUUGACGACACCUUUUGACAUUUAUGUAACGAUCCUAGACGUAUUAGGAGUUGAAGAAGAUUAUCCGCCAAUUGUAGUGGAAGGGUAUGACUAUCCAAGAGGAUGGAACCUGUUAACACCGGUUUCAAAGAAACGUUCAUGUGGUGAGGCAGGUAUCAUGCCUCACUGGUGCACAUGUGGGACUUGGACCAACGUGUCCAAAACGGAUCCAUUCUACCAUCAAGUGCCACAUAAUCUUGCAGAGUUUAUUAACAGCAUGAGUGAUGAAGAACGAUCCCAAUGCAUACCAAGGUAUCUAAAAACUACAGAAUGGGUGGUGCAUCAGACUGCAGAAGAUUAUCAGUCCAAACUGUAUAAUUAUUUCCAGAAAAAGCAGUUGGUUGUAAACCAGGCGUAUCGUGGUGAUGUCACGUCUCUGGACGACUAUUAUCAAAUGAGGAUUGUGAUGGAUCCUGGCCACGCCAUAUACGAAGGCACUAUGAUCUAUAUUCCUGGCAAAGAUUUCUUCAUGAUUACUGAGAGAGACGUGUCUAGAGUAAACGCAUAUGGUGAUGAGUCAAGCUGCAUCAGUGAGACCCAUCCUCAUUUAAUUAAAUAUUGCUAUUGCAAUAAUUCGGCCCAUAGUAAUAAUCAAAUUCAUAAAAAAAUAAAAAAACCUAAAUACAGCGAUGAUUUGUUCAGAUUUAGUUUCUUGUGAGAAAUGGCUAAAAGUAUGGUCAAAGGUAAGCGUCCAUA